CCGAAACCCUGUUGAUCGGCAUCUAUGCCUUUUUCAUGGUGUUUGGCAUUGCGACCAAUUCUGUCAUCAUAUUCGUGAUGGUGUUCAACAAGAAGCUCAUGACUUCAAACAUACUUUUGCUGCUAAACCUGUUUGUGUCGGAUAUGUUGUUAUGCAUAUUCUGUAUGCCGUUUACGCUGCUGUCGCUGAUCCGGAGGAGUUGGCCGUUCGGCGCAUUCAUGUGUAAAUCCAUACCAUUCCUGCAGGCGGUGUCCAUAUUUGUGUCCGCCGGUACCAUCACGUCCAUCGCCUUUGACCGCAUGUUUCAGAUUACCGCCAAACACUUCACAGGAAAGUCAAGCGUGAAAUGCAAGGCAUCGUCGAAAUACGGUUACAUAACAUUGAUUAUAUGGUUAGUGUCGGUGGCGUUGGCCUCACCGAUCGCCGUCUACCAGGAGGUGGUCGAGUACGGCAUUCCCGGUCUCUUCACGUACAGCAAGUGUGUGGAAAACUGGCCAAACAAUCACAAAUCCAUUUACUCGUUGACCAUAUUGUUUGCCCAACUCUUGAUACCCAACGCAGUUAUGCUCGUCUCUCACUAUCGCAUCACUCGCUUCUUGCGAUCGCAUCGUUUCGCCAAAAAUCCCAUUCUUCGCAAUAUAUAUAAUAAUCCCAAUAAUAAUAAUCACAUCACACUUACUGUUGAUAAGACUGAAAGAGAAGAGAUGAUAAGCUCAGAGACGCCGACGUAUACGCUAUCGACGUCUGCGGCCAACACGUGCUACACGUCGACCACCGAAGUGCACGACCGGCGAUACAUCGACCGGGAAGUGGUCCGCAACAACCGAAUCACAAUAUUUCUGUUGACUAUAACAGUACUCUUCGGCAUAUCGUGGCUGCCGUGGAAUGUAUUCAACGUUUUGGCCGACUUUAUGGCCGGUUUUGAUGUGACGGCACAACACCUGUAUCUCAUUCUCGCCGUCUGUCAUCUCAUAGCCAUGUCUUCGGCCACAACUAACGCCAUAUUCUAUGGCUUUCUUCACACCACUAUUAAACAUGAUAUCACACGUCGUGUCAAACGAGUGACGAAUAUAUUUGUUUGA